UAUGAAUACGGUAAACAGCCCCCCCAUUGGAUCCUAAUAAAAACAUUGGGACAUGCUGGGAGUGAGCUGGUGCUAAUGAUUGUCCUUGUGAUUUUUGAUUUUCCAGCUUGACAAAGCUAAACGGAUAUCCACCAUGUUCUGUGGGAUUCACGCCAGUGGUUACAGUGUGGCCAAUGGCACGCUGGAUAACAUGUGCUUCGUGGAAGCCAUCGGGAUUAUUCCACAUGUCCUGUUCCUCAUCGCUGCCCUUCCCAUACUGCUCCUGGGUUAUGGUACAGUCAACAUCAACCACAGCUCAUGGCUGCACUACCCAGGCCACAGCCUGCGCUGGAGCCUGACUGUGCUGCUGCUGUUCAUCCUGUCCUGUGAGAUAGCUGAGGGUCUGCUGUCUGACUUACACUCUACUGCUUCAUACCUACAGCUGUAUAUACCUUCAGGUGUUACAUUUGUAGCCACGUUAGUGACAGCAGUGUACUACCACAAUGUGGAGAUGUCCAACUUUCCCAAGCUGCUACUGCUGCUCCUGGGGUACUGGGUCAUCGCAAUCAUCAUGAGGAUCCUCAAACUGUGGAACCUGUAUGUACAAGGUCUGAAUGCCGCCCAUCUGCGUCUGGACCUGAACUGGUUGAUUGUUGCCAUCUACUUCCUGUAUAUCUGUAUAGAAGUCAACUUUCUUCUUCAGAAGAGAUAUGCCUUCUUCAAGGAGUCCAAGGGCUUAGACAUCAAAGGUGACUUACAGCAACAGGACAUGCACUUCCACCAGCCCUAUGUCAACCUGCUGUCCAAGGUCACUUACUGGUGGAUGAACAAACUCAUGGUGCAGGGGUACAGGCAGCCAAUCAGCAUGGACAAUCUAGGGCAACUGCCAACGCAACACAAAGCACAGGCUAAUCUAGAAAGGUUCAAGAAUGUCUACAAAAAGGAAAAGGAUAGAGCUGCCAAGGAAGGACAGACCCCCUCCAUCUGGAAAUGUUUCUUUAAGGCCUUUGGCCUGUCAAUCGUGUACAGCUCCAUCUUCCGUUACAUUGGUGAUCUGUUAGGGUUCAUCGGUCCUCUGUGUGUCGCGGGGAUCGUCAAGUUCCUGGUAGAGAUCCGACAAGGAAACAUCUCCUUCCACGCUUCUCAGCAAGUCAAGGAGCACUAUUUUGUAUCCCUGGAAGAGUUUAUGGAGAACGGAUUCAUCUUGGCAUACCUGUUGUUCAUGGCCACCCUGCUGCAGCACACCUUAAUGGAGAUGUCUUAUUACCUGGCCAUCAAGGAGGGCAUUAAUCUGAAGGCUGGCAUAACAGGACUGAUAUAUGAGAAAACCCUUCGCAUGUCCUCCUGGAGCCUGUCCAAUGGCGAUUGGAGCAUCGAGCAGAUCAUCAACCUGAUGUCCGUGGACGCUAACCAGAUCAUGCUGUUUGUGUGGUUCUGUCCCCAUCUCUGGGCCAUGCCAGUCCAGGUGGUGAUUGCCAUGGUGAUGCUGUACUACCAGAUGGGUUACCCUGCAGUGAUCGGUGCCGCCAUCAUCGUUAUCCUGUGUCCUGUCCAGUACCUGGUGGCACGGCAGAUGACACACAUGCAGAAGGACACUAUGGACCACUCAGAAGACAGGUUCAAGAAAUUCAAUGAGAUGCUUAAGGGCAUCCGUCUGCUGAAACUGUACUCCUGGGAAAGCAUAUUCUGCACGCUGGUGGAUCGAGCCCGCAACCGAGAAAUCAGCAGCAUGAGGAAGUCAUCUGUCUAUCUUGUCAUCUCAUUGUUCUUGACAGCAGCUACUCCAAUUAUUGCAACGGUUGUGACGUUCAGUAUUCAUCACUACAUGUCUGAUGAGGCUCUGACGGCCGGCAGGACAUUUGCCACCCUCGUCCUCUUCAACAUCCUGGUGGUUCCUCUCUUCAACUUCCCCAUGGUGGUGGUGGCCAUGGUCAACGCUAUCAUGAGUGCCAAACGGCUCAGGCCAUUCUUGGAUAUCCCAGAGGUUGACCGUGGGUUUUACCUGACAGGAGAGGAUGAACAGGAGGAUGCAAAGGAUGUGCUCAUCACCUUGCUCAGGAUGUCUGGCAUUCAUAUGAAGAGCAUCAAGAGACAGAAGUCAGCCAAGAUGGUGCCAGAGAACUUUGUACUGGAGGUCACAAAUGGACACUUUGCAUGGGACCUGUCAUCUGAUGCUCCAACGACCACACUUUAUGACAUCAACUUUAAGGUUCCUAGAGGUGCCAUGACUCUUGUAAUUGGUCCCCAUGACUCUGGAAAGACUUCCCUGGUAAAUGCUAUACUUGGUGAGAUGAAGCUACUGGCUGGGGAUGUGUCCUGGUGCCUGGAAAAGAACAGAGUGUCCUUCCAUGCCCAGAAAGGCUGGCUGUUUAAUGCUAAUCUGAGAGACAACAUCAUUUUUGGACAACCUUUUAACCAAGCCAGAUAUGACCGUGUUAUCUCAGCUUGUUCUCUACAAGCAGAUAUUGACAUCCUCCCUGAAGGAGACCAGACUGAGAUUGGAGAGAGGGGAAUCUGGCUGACUCCGGGUCAGAAGAGACGUGUGAGUGUGGCCAGGGCCUUAUACUACAGCUCAGACAUCGUCAUCUUGGACGACCCUCUGUCCUUCCUGGAUGUACAUGAGGGAAGUCACAUGAUGCAGGAGGGCAUUCUGGGUAUGCUGCGGGAGGAGAGUCGUACCAUCAUCCUUGUAACACACAAGCUGGAGUAUUUGAAAGAAGCAGACAAUAUUUUGGUGAUGCGAGACGGACACGUGACCCACCAGGGUACUUUUGGAGAGAUCACCACAGAGGACCCAUCCCUGUACCAGAUGUGGAAGAACACCAUCAGUACCCAGGCUCAACAGGAGGAGGAACAGAGGAGAAAGGACCAGCGGGGGUUGGAGAAGAAAUAUCUCCGUCGCCAGGCAACCAAGACGCACCACAAAGAUGAAGAAAUGUCAGAUGAAGAGAAGAAGGUGCACGAUGUCUACAUUGAUGAUGACCACAAGGUCCACCAUGAUGUGGUUUCUAUUGUGGACGUUCCCAUCAAGAAGAAAGGCCAGGAAGACAAAGACUCUGGCAAAGGGUCCAGUAUGUCAUCUCAAGAUCUCCUCAGUUCUCCAAAUGAAGCUGAGAAGAAGAAGAUGGCAAAGGACCUGAUGUCCGUACCCAUGUCUGCCUACAUGACUUACCUGCUGGCAGGCGGGGUGCUGUGGGUGGUCAUCCUUCUACUGGUCAGCAUUCUCAAGCACGGGGUGAUGGUGGCAGGGGACUUCUGGCUUGCGGACUGGUCAUCACUCUGGAUUGAUGGAACGGCUCUGACGGAGGACGAGUGGCAUUACUACAUCUACGGCUACGUUGGGCUGUCCUUGUCGGGAAUCUUCAUGGCAUUUCUGGCGUCCAUCAUCAUCGUGCUGACAGGAGUCCAGGCCGGGAAGAACCUGCACAAGAAGAUGCUGAGGAGAAUCAUUCUCGCUCCAAUGAGAUGGUUUGACACAACUCCCUAUGGACGUAUCCUCAGUCGCUUCUCUUCUGACACUGCCACCAUCGACCAGCAACUCCCCACGACUGCAGAGUCACUGAUCCGAACCUUCCUCAUGUGUACUGCCGCCCUCCUGGUAAACGCCAUCGUCACUCCAUAUUUCCUCAUCCCUGCUGCUGUCAUCCUCUUUGGCUUCUACCUGCUGCAGAAGUUCUUUAUUCAGACCUCCAGGGAGUUGCAGCAUCUUGACAUCCUGACUAAGUCCCCUGUCCUAUACCACUUCUCAGAGACACUGCGGGGGCUUUCCACUGUCAGGGCUUACAGGGAUGAAAAGCGUUUCCAACAGAAGCUGAAUGAUCAGAUUGAUCAGAACACCCUGGCCUUCCUGUUCCUGAACACAGCAAACAGGUGGCUGGGAGUCAGGCUGGACUAUUUGGGUGCUUUUGUGGUAUUGUGGGCUGCUAUGUGCUCCCUGACAGCAGCUGUGUACAGUGACAUCCCUGUGGGGCUUGUGGGUUUGGCCCUCACAUAUGCACUUAUGGUGUCCACUUACCUGAACUGGGGUGUGAGGAAUAUUGCAGACAUAGAGAUGCAGAUGGAUGCUGUCCACAUGGUGUCCACGUUCUCAGAGAUGCCAAUCGAACCUUACAGGAAAGAGGAGGGUAAUGUGGAGCCACAUCGUGAGUGGCCAGGGCACGGUGAAAUUGUGUUAGAGAACUUGUCCACACGUUAUGCGCCUGAUCUGCCCGCUGUGCUGAGAGAAGUGGACCUCCGUAUCAAACCUGGCGAGAAGGUGGGCAUCUGUGGCAAAACUGGCAGUGGGAAGUCUUCCCUCUCCAUGGCUCUGUUCAGGAUGAUAGACAACUUCCAAGGUAAGAUAGUAAUUGAUGGGAUAGACAUCGCAGACGUUCCCCUGAACACCCUGAGGUCGCGCCUGACCAUCAUCCCUCAGGACCCCAUCCUCUUCAGUGGGACCAUCAGGUUUAACCUGGAUCCAGCGGGACAGUACAAUGACAAGGAAUUGUGGGAUGCCGUGGAGAUCGCUCAGCUGAAGCCUCUGGUGGUCUCCUUCCCUGAGGGUCUUGACACAGCAGUAAGGGAAGGUGGCUCUAACUUCAGUAUUGGGCAGAGACAGCUUUUCUGCCUGGCCCGUGCGUUUGUCCGCAAGUCUCGUGUCCUGGUUAUGGAUGAGGCUACCGCACUGGUGGACAUGGAGACUGAAGCCAUGCUGCACAGAGUGGUGAAGAAUUCCUUCACAAACUGCACUGUCAUCACUAUUGCUCAUCGUGUCCCAAACAUUCUUGAGUGUGACCGGGUUCUCGUGUUUGGCGGAGGCAGGAUUGUGGAGAACAACAAACCCAGUGUCCUGUUGGAGCAAGAGGACAGCAUCUUCACUUCCAUGGUCAAGGCCAACCUAUAAAGAACCACAAUUCUUGAUUGAGUUUAAGAGUUGACAGAUUUUGAGUGUGCUACCGGUAUGGUGUUUUUCAAGUUAACCACUGCUGGUAUUAGAAGCUUAUCAUAAAUUUGUUGAAAAAUAUAACUUCAUGUACCAAUAAUGUACAGUAAGUUGUACUCCGUUGUUAUAUGAAUUUUCAUUGAUUACCACAAGCCAUAUCUUUACUAGUAUACAAUCAGCUUUAUUGCUGUGAAUAUUUAUAUGGCAAAAUAUUUGAUUAACAAGAAGCGAGUGUGGACUCCAUGUUACUAGACAGUUAAUAUAGUUUCCCGUGUAUCUGCAGUUAAUGAUAAAUACAUUUUGGGUACCAGUAUCUCCAAUUCUUGAUAGUUUUUUAAAGAUUUAUGUAGGUCAUUGCUGAAUUGUGAAAACUGCUUAUUCACCAUGUAUAUCAGAAAUUAGUCGUUAGUUUAGUUUAGCUAUAAACAAAUUGAAAUGUUGUUGUCAACUUUGUGUGUCUCUGUAGCUUUCGAGGUUGGCGAAAAUGUUGUAAAUUUCUUGUAGUUUGCAUGUAGGAGCUUGAUUUUUAGAUCACGUAUCUAGCUUGCAAAAUACUGUUCCAUCAUUUCAUUUUGUUGAUGAAACACUCUUUGCCUGUGUGGUGCAUAAAUCAGAAUAAGCUUAGGAUAAUGGUACACAGUUGAUGGUUUGACCAAAUGGCAGUAGUUUAAAAUGAUACUUGUACAAAGAAGAUACAGAAAGCUGGAUAGUCUAUUCAUCCCAUAACUGUUACCUAAAAGUGUUGCAUGUUGCAAAUGUUCUGUUGGGAGAAAUUACUAAGAUGUUGCUGAUGUUAUCAAGACAUGGAGACAUUCUUAUUUAUACAACGUGUAUGUGGUCAACAUGCUUUUUGGUCUUGUGAUAGAAACACUAGAUUGCAAAAAUUUGUUAUAUUAAAAGAUUUAAGGCAUAAA